CCACCCCACCCCAAGCAGGACUCCUCGGGUGCCACGUGUCGUGUGAAUGGCGCCUCUGACAGGAGGCUGAAGAGUGUCGCGGGUGGGAGGAAGAAAAGAGCGGGCACAGCGACCGCCGUCGCCACCUUGGCUGAGGCGGGGAGGAAAGGCCAGGCCGCGGCGAGGGGGCUGCAGCCGGGAGCGCGCCAUCCCUGCGCUCGCCCUGCUGCCAGGCGCCGGCGCCGCCCCCACCCGACGCGGCCUACGGAGGGAAAUCGCAGCGGCUCGCGUGUGCCGCCUUAUCUCCGCCGGCUCUGGCCGCCUCCGCUCCCAGGUUCCCUCCUCCGGGCCUGCGGGAGGCGUGGUGAAGCCAGCAUUAAGGAACUGUAUUUCAAGAACCUGUCCAAACAGAAACAGAAGCGAGUCAUGGAGAAGCAUGGGAACAACCGGAAACUCCGGGUUUGUGUCGCUACCUGCAAUCGGGCGGAUUACUCCAAGCUGGCCCCGAUCAUGUUUGGCAUUAAGGCGGAGCCACAGUUCUUCGAGCUUGACGUUGUGGUUCUAGGCUCCCACUUGAUUGAUGACUAUGGUAACACGUACCGUAUGAUCGAACAAGAUGAUUUUGACAUCCACACCAGACUACACACCAUAGUGCGAGGAGAAGAUGAAGCAUCCAUGGUGGAAUCUGUAGGUCUGGCCUUAGUCAAGCUCCCGGAUGUGCUCAACCGCUUGAAACCCGACAUCAUGAUUGUCCAUGGCGACAGGUUCGACGCUCUGGCGCUGGCAACGUCGGCUGCCUUAAUGAACAUUCGGAUUCUUCACAUUGAAGGCGGAGAAGUCAGCGGGACCAUAGAUGACUCCAUCAGGCAUGCUAUCACCAAGUUGGCUCAUUACCACGUGUGUUGUACGAGAAGCGCCGAGCAGCACUUGAUAUCCAUGUGUGAAGACCACGACCGCAUCCUCCUGGCGGGCUGCCCUUCCUAUGAUAAGCUGCUAUCUGCCAAAAAUAAGGACUACAUGAGCAUUAUCCGCAUGUGGAUAGGCGAGGAUGUGAAACCAAAAGACUAUAUAGUUGCUUUGCAGCAUCCUGUGACCACGGACAUUAAACAUUCCAUAAAGAUGUUUGAAUUGACCUUAGACGCUCUCAUCUCCUUUAACAAGAGGACCCUGGUGUUGUUCCCAAAUAUUGAUGCAGGGAGCAAAGAAAUGGUUCGGGUCAUGAGGAAGAAGGGUGUUGAGCACCACCCGAAUUUCCGAGCGGUAAAGCAUGUGCCGUUUGACCAGUUCAUUCAGCUCGUGGCUCAUGCUGGUUGUGUGAUUGGGAACAGCAGUUGUGGCGUGAGAGAAGUUGGGGCAUUUGGAACCCCUGUCAUCAAUCUGGGAACCCGACAGAUAGGGAGAGAAACAGGGGAAAAUGUCCUACAUGUUCGGGAUGCUGACACCCAAGAUAAAAUACUACAAGCCUUGCAUCUCCAGUUUGGCAAACAAUACCCUUGUUCAAAGAUAUAUGGAGAUGGAAAUGCUGUUCCAAGAAUUCUAAAGUUCCUCAAGUCUAUUGACCUUGGAGAACCUCUUCAGAAGAAAUUCUGCUUCCCUCCUGUCAAAGAAAACAUCUCCCAAGACAUUGACCAUAUAUUGGAAACCCAGAGUGCCUUGGCAGUGGAUCUGGGUGGAACAAACCUUCGGGUAGCAAUAGUCAGCAUGAAGGGUGAAAUAGUUAAGAAAUAUAGCCAACUGAACCCCAAAACCUACGAGGACAGAAUACAGUUGAUCCUUAAAAUGUGUGUAGAGGUUUCCUCAGAAGCAGUAAAUCUGAAUUGCCGAAUCCUGGGUGUGGGCAUUUCUACAGGUGGACGGGUCAACCCCCGAGAAGGCGUCGUCCUUCAUUCCACAAAACUUAUUCAGGAGUGGAGCUCUGUUGAUCUGCGGACUCCAAUAUCAGACGCUUUGCACUUACCCGUGUGGGUGGACAACGAUGGCAACUGUGCUGCUUUGGCAGAGAGAAAAUUUGGGCAUGGAAAAGGAGUGGAAAACUUUGUAACUCUCAUCACUGGGACAGGUAUUGGUGGUGGAAUCGUCCACCAAAACGAAUUGAUCCAUGGAAGCUCUUUUUGUGCUGCUGAACUUGGGCAUAUCAUGGUAGCCUUGGAUGGUCCCGAGUGCCUUUGCGGGAGCCACGGCUGCAUUGAGGCCUACGCUUCUGGGAUAGCCUUCAGAGAAGCGAAGAAAUUGCACGAUGAAGAUUCGUUGUUAAUGGAAGGUAUGUCUGUAAAGAAGGAAGAGACAGUAACAGCUGCACAUCUCAUUCAGGCAGCAAAAUUGGGAAAUGUGAAGGCUGAGCACAUCGUUAGAACAGCUGGAACAGCUCUGGGGCUUGGAGUUGUGAACAUUCUGCACAGCAUCAACCCCUCACGUGUGAUCCUUUCCGGCAUCUUGGCGAGUCACUACGUCAACGUUGUCAAAGACGUGAUCCAUCAGCGAGCCUUGUUCUCUGUGCAAACUGUGGACGUGGUUGUCUCGGACCUGACGGAUCCCGCCUUGCUGGGGGCGGCUAGCAUGGUCCUGGAUUAUACCACACGCAGAAUAUAUUAGGCAAGAUGGCAGAAAUAGAUUUCAUGCAUCUCUGGUAGCACUUCGGGAGGAACAGUUUCCUUCCAAACAUGAACAGCCUUUUUUCAUAUAAAAUAUAGAGGGAUUUUUAGGAGGGCUAGCAGGUACUUCAAUACCUCCUGAACUCUUUUAUCUGAUUUUUUUAAUGACCUUAUUUGGUUCUCUUGCUCAUAUCUUCACCCUGCAAGCUCAGGUGUUGUUACUUGUUGCAGGAAAGGUAAUUUAAUAUGAAGAUUUUUCUCAUGGACUUUUCUGGAUGAAAUGUGCCACACCAAUCAAUUUCUGGUGGAUGCUGGGAUCCUACACCUUUGAAAGUAAAAGAUGAGCCAUGUAAACUUGUGUUCUUGUAUGUACGGGGUUUCCAGCCAUCACAACAGAAGGAAAUGGAGAUCUUCUCUAAACAAGUGAAGAAAUGUCUCUUGCAGAUAUAUGCAUCAACUCACUCGUGCCUCUGGGAAGACCAAAACAAGCAGCUAUAAUCAAGCAGAGGCCAGUGUUAGACUAUCUGAUGAUACAGAGAUUAUCCAGUUAUUUAUUGUUGAAGUAAUAUAAGAACCUUAGCUUGAAAGAAGAGUCUAGAUGCGCUUAUGGCAGUAGCUUCCAAGAGUUUAUUAGAAUAUCCUAGGAUGAAGCGGAAGGUAGACUGAACUGUCAGUUCUGGCUCCCAUCAUCUGUAUUUUUAAAAAAUUAUCUGUCUCCUCUGACUUGGAGGUAACGACACGUUCUGGUUUAGUUUUUUCUAACAAAUCCUCGUGGGUUUGUUUUUGCUUAUGUUGGCCGUUUCAUGUUCCAUUGGUGUUUCAUUCUCAUUGAUCCAGGCUGCUAGAAUCUGCCUGGAAAAAAAGACGUCUUGGUUAGUUAUGGGCGUGUGUGAAAAUGUCUGAUUUAUUGUCUGGGUGUAUUAACUUGGAGUGGAAGGCUGAUCCUCACACUUACACUGGUGUUCAGAAGUGGACACAAAUUUUAGCAACCCACACAUAAUCUGCUUACUUGUCGGCUGAGAGAUUCUUUUCUCUUUACUCGCAGAAUUCACACAAGCAGAUCUCUGAUAGGCUCUGACAUUAGUUUGGAUGUAGUUUAUCAGUAGCCUCUUCCACUGUUGCUCUGAGCAGCUGGUUCAUUCUUAGAGGAACAAGAUUUGAAAAGGUUAAGAUGGAAAGCCACUGGUGAUAAUCACCUGUGAGGAGUCUGGCAAAAAAAGUUAAGUGAUUUAUCUGAAUUUCCUUAAGGUUGCAUUACUCUGAGUAGCAAUUUCACCAAUUUUCCAUGGCAAAAAUAUGGAUAAUCCCCCCACCACCACCACCACCACCACACACAUGCAAUUUCAGUUGCUGGCUGGGGGGGGGGGGUGGGGGAGAUAUGUUGUAGACUUGACCAAUUCCAUAAGGUGAUGAUAGGUCUUCCUGUUAAAUUUUAUCUGUAAUGUGCACGUCUGUGAGGCUUGAAUUCCAAGUUCUUUUGUUUUGCCUUGGAUUUUCUUGAUCUGGAAGUUUCAUUCAUUUGUUAGUUCAUUCAUUGAUGAACCAGGUGGAAAAUGUCUGGAUUAGAGCAUGGCAGGUACACAGCAACAGAAGGUUUCAGAAAUAAUUGCUGUUAUCUUUUUUAGAACAUUUCCAGUUUGCUUCUUGUCAUAAUUUUGUUUCCCUCAACCCUGGGGAAAGAGCAGGAACACCUGUAGAUGUGGCUGACUUGAAAUGUGUCUGUUUCACUUGCACAGCAGUAACUUAGUGAGAAUUAGGGGCUGGGUCUACCCAUCAUAUUUUGGAGUUCGUGGCUACAAUUUCUCAGUCUUUCCAUCCUGGUCAAAAGGAGAUUUCAGGCCCACUGUUUAGCUUGCCAGGACACCACAGUAGAGAUAGGACAAGAAAUAUCAGAGGCUACGGUGGUCUUCAGUAGAACAGCAAAAGGACUGGAAAAACCUGGAUAUGCUGGAUCUGGAACGAUGGGCUCUUUUCCCGCACCCCCUUUAAAACCAGUAGCAGUGGUGGUGAACCUAUGGCACUGCAGAUGUUCAUGGACUACAAUUCCCAUCAGCCCCUGCCAGCACAGCCAAUUGGCCAUGCUGGCAGGGGAUUAUGGGAAUUGUAGUCCAUGAACAUCUGCAGUGCCAUAGGUUCGACACCAUGGAGCUAGGGCAUUUCAUUCCACCCAACUUUCAUUUUUCAUGAAAUAUUUUUCUCUGUCUCAUUUACACACAUAAACUGGUGUUUGACAAUUUGGCCUGCUCUAUUCUUGUCCUGCUCCUCUGCACUUUCUGGGACAUCAGUGUAACUUACAUUGGAGCCACACCCUGCUACGCCACUGACUUCAAUAGAUUCAGGAUUGCACUGUUAGCCAGAUUAGAGGAGUAUAAAUUCUUUGACAUAUCAAACAUCUUCUCUCCAUUGCUACUCCCCCUUUUGCCUGCUCUAGAAGUUUAAAAAGUGUUCCAUAUUUAUGCCAGCAGCUACUAUGUGUGUAAGCCUCUCCCCAAAAAUAGCAGCUAGGUAUAUCAUCUCGUCCUUGGAAGUUCAUUAAUAACUAGCAUAUUUUGAGGCUUAUUUGUUCUCUCUUUCUCGCAUUGCCAAUAAAUGUACUGUCUGAGUAGCUAGAGUUUGGAAGCGUUCAAAGUUUUAUUUGAGUUUCUCUGCACCAUGCUUUUAAUUCCACACGUAUCACUUUUUCCAUUUGUUUUUUUCCCCACACGUUUGCCUCUUCCACGGCUGACUUUUUAUCCUUUUCUUUUACGAGCUCUUUUAUGUUUAUUUGAUAUCCUUCCCCCAUGUUUUAUUUCUAAAAGAACGAACGCCUUUCAAAAAUUUUAAACCUGAUUUUUAAAAUCAGUCUGUCAACUAUUAAUCUAGAAUCCGGUAGUAAAAACAAAACCAACAGAAGCCUCCCCUCCUCAAGGAAAUAAAAAGAAAAGGAAAACCCAGGGCGGAGAGAAGGGCAAAUACCGGAAAGAAGACUGCCAAGAAAGAAUUCCUUCGAAGAAAAAAGUUGGAGAAAUGUGACACUGAUUUCAUACCACUGGAAAACAAUUGUAUCGCUUGAAUGUUGUAAUAGGGUUUUAAAUAAAGAUAUGCUAUUUGGGUCUCA